AUGGCGACGACAAGCGCUGUUGUGUGGCCAACUUCUGUGGUAACAACCGCUUCAUCGACAUUGGUAUGGCGAAACCAAUAUCUCUUGCCUAUCAUCGUGUUUCCGUUCGGUUCACUUGCCGUCGCCGUCCCCGUCCUACUAUCCCUUCACGCAAUUCAACCCACAGAUGAUCUACACUGUGAUUGUAGUCAUCCCAUAUGGGGACGAUUCUUGGGUUACGCGGGCAUAUCCAUGAUCCUCACCAUUCCAUGUUUCUUCCUGUCUGCAACAGCAGCUCACCAUGUAUUCAAGGCACACAUAAUGCGUCAAGAGCUUUUCAGGGUCUCAGUUUCACAACCGCGUUCGCCGUCUGCUGAACAGGCGGCCAACACCAUUCAACCUACAAACCCCCCUUCGUCACUUACGCUUGACGUGAGUCCAAAGUCCGCGGAAUUCGGAGACAAUCUCGCAGACGACCAGAAUCAAGACGUCGUGGCGAUGCCAAGGAAAUAUAUACCUCAUGUUGGCGAAACGAGCGGUGCCGCGGCAACUUCGUACCAUGCCUAUUCUCCGCGGUCUGAAAUUCUUCCCUCCUCGCUAUCCUCGCUGCCUUCGCCAAAGCGGUCUUCCGAGACACCGCGAUGGGAUCAAUCUCAGAUACAUGACGAACGAGUGAGCACUGCUCCCAUUGAAGAAUGUACAACUAGUCUUCCAAUAUCGGUCACUGGCCGUUAUACACAACCGAGACAGAGUCUUGCACCUGCAAUAUGGAGGCUCAUUCUCUUCCAAAUGGCGUUCUUUAUUACACAAUUUCUGGCUGCGCUCUCGACCAUCAUUGACGUAGCAAUGGAUCGCCCAAAGCCAACUCCUUUUGGGACCCAGCAUGUGGCGCUAGUACUUGUGGGAUGGGGCCCGUCGAUAGUGUUUGGUCACCUCCCGGCGGUGCGGCGUAAAUUAUUGUUCUGGCGACAUCCAGACUCGAGUGCAAACAGCUAG